UCUCAUUUGGGAGUUCGUCGAUCAGUUAAACGUUAUGCCGAAAAGACACUCAACCAACGGCAAAAACGGCAUGUCAAAUAGUAACGGCAGCGAAGCUUAUGGGCCCAUUCAAGAGUCAGACUCUGUGCGGUGUUUUUCUGCUUGACCGUAUAGCAUGAACUUCGACAUGUGAUCCCUGCCACGUAGCUGUCUACCACGACAUAGACAGCUCGAACAAGUUCUAGAACUUGAACUAGAGGCAGCUACUCAGCAAGCACCAUGUAUAACACCUGCAGG